AUAUGUUCAAUUAUUAGAAAUAUCUAUUCUUAUUUCUCAUUCAAACCAAGAAUGUUGGCUGAAUGGUUUUGGCCAUCUUCUAAUUUUUCACAAUGGGUAAUAAGGUAGGAUGUUGUUGGGAUAAAUGUUUGUGCAGGUGGAUCAUGCAAUUAUCAUGGAUGCACUUUUCCUUAUUAAGCAAGACAUGCUUCAUAUAAGAACUUCUAUUAAUCAAUUUUCUUCUGUAACAAUUUCAUAUUACCUUGUCCUUUGAUUUUGCUUGUAGGUGGCCUCAAUUUAGUUUUCCGAAUUUCAAAGUAACUACUUCUGAGUGUUUGCAAAAGGUCCGAAUUGGUGAACAGAUAUCUUUAGUGAGAAAGGAUGAAGGUUGCAUGGCCACUGUCAGCCAGGGAAGCAUUAGUGCACUAUUUUCUAUUUGAGUACUUUGAAGGCGAUCUGAUUGUUUGUCUCCUGAACUCGAUCUCAGACGUGAGGAGUAUUGAUAAGAGCACCCAUGGGUUCACCAAGGAUGGGAUCCCUGAAGCAACAGAUGUUGUAAGGAUUGACUUGGUUGGAGGCUUUGCUUUGCAGAAGGUGACAACAGAGAGAAGUUACUUUCGGACAAUAGGAAACAUGGAUGUGAAGCUGGAAUUUGUCCCUCCAUCCCUCAUAAACUUUAUCUCAAGGCAACUCAUUGGAAAUGGUUUCAGACUCUAUCAAAAGGCAGUGGCUUCUGUGUCUAAUUAUGAUGAAGAUUACAGCAAAGUUUUGAAUGAUCCAUUGUAUGCUCGAAUACGUGAAGCUCUUUAUACCAUUAAAGAAUCACACAACACUUUGGAAGGGCAAGAACUCAAAAAUGAAGCACGCAUUCAUAAUGAUGAACAUUUUAUCAAAGAGACUCUGGAUGUCACAGGCAACAUGAAACAGGAGGUUCAUGUUAAUGCCCAUAUUGAUGAACCUUCACCAGAUAUUGCCAACGGCACAAAAAGAAGUUUUGGUGAAAUUGAGGAGGAAGAAAAUGAAGAAAGCACAUUUGUGGAUGGUGAAAUUGAGGAAAAGGGUGAAGAGAGUACGAAUGUAGAGUGUCAGGCUAUAGAGAAAUCUUUGGCCAGUAUACCUGCUGAUAAGAAUCAAGUAAAUAAUAAAAGAAAUAUCUGUAUAAGACCAGAGGUGCAACAAGCUCUAGGAACAUUAGAGAAGGCCAUUUCCAUAGUUCGAGAAUAUGGACAUAACAGCCAAACCAAGGCCAUUUCAUCUGGCUUUCCUGAAGAUUCUCCAGAUUCAGAGAAGAGUGUAGACUGCAUAGUAACAGACUUGAUUUCUACCGCAGAUGUUGGAGCUUGUUCAGGAGGUGAGGUUUGCAAUGAGACAUUCAAAAAGAAAGUUGAGGAGAGGACAUCAGCGGACCCCAGGGAUAGCUCUGGAAUUAAUGACAACAGGUCUAAUUCUGUUUCAAGGGAAGCCAACCACAACAGAAUAACACCAGCUUCAUCACCUCAGCAAGAUGUAUCAGCUCUUCACAAGACUAACUACAGUGCCCCGAGCUCCCCAACGAACGGGACCAUUAACCCGAAUGGCAGUCUCGAGAACAGUGUUAAAAAGCCAAGUAGCUUACUUAAAACACACGGUUUCUGUUGCUUCCGCUUCAAUUCUAGCUUAACUGGUUGAUGCCUUACACAGGAAUACAGGUAGGUUGCAGAAUUUCUGAUUUUAUUAGUGAUAAAGCUUCCAUUUUUGUAUCCUAAAAUAAUUCUUUCUUGAAAAGAACUAUUGCCUCAGUCAUGUAACAAUAAAUCCUACUUUAACAAAAGAUGUAACAGUCCUUAACAUUUAACGACUGAUUAUACUUUAUAAUGCAGAAAUCUUAGUUCUACUCUGCACUUGUGUUUUUCAAUAGGAAACUUUCUUAUCUCAGGUGGAGAAAUGCAAAACUUGAAACUGUACCAGAACAACCUGACUCCGCUGGAUUGCAAUACAACUCAGCUAAAGGGCGACUCAUUUUGAUUAAAGUUCAAAUUCCUCU